UCUUGUUCUAUAACAUUUAUUCCUCUUUUGGAAGCGUUGUAUGAUAUCAAUAUCGUUGUCAAAGUAGAAGCACGAUCCAGGUGUGGUUGUGAGUGAUAGUUUCCCUGAAAAAGUGAAAUAUUUGUAAAAAUUUAGUUUGACAUAAACUUUAUGUUUAGUUUAUUACCUUCAUGUAACCGUAGAAUGAUACUUGUGAUGAUUACGAUUUAGUUUUUCCUGGUAGAUAUGCGAUUUUACUCCCUGAAAUUAGACGUCUCCUUGUCCCACAAAGUUAAACGUACCAGUUAUCUACAAAUAAUUAUUGUAUUAUAUUUCAAAUUUUUUAUAUUUUCUAUAUAUCUAGGGUAUUAGGGUCAUUUUGGGCAUUUUGCUACAUGUCAUCUCUACAAUUAAAAAAAUAAACAUGAGACGGAUAAUUUUAUUUAAUGUUGGUAAUAUCUUAUGCAUCAUCUAUAAAAUAAAUAUAUAUUCAUAUAUACCAUUCCAGAUUUAGUAAUAUUAUUAUUUUUAUAUAAUUAUACAAUUUGUAUUACUAAAGCUUUUAAAAAUAUGCAAUUUUUAAACAUCUAAUAUCUAAUCGUAUGAUAUUUAGUUUCUUAUAUAUCUACAAAAUUUUAAAAAUAUUGUUUAGGCCAAAUGUUUGAUAAUUAUACAAUUUUAUAUCAUUUUUAUUAGUUUUAUAUAAUUUGAUAUAAUAUAUAUCAAAUCUAUAUUAAAUUUUAUUAAGAUAAUAGUAAAAUCUAUAACAUUUAAUAAAAUUUAUUUUUAAAUAUAAGUUAGAACAACACUAAAAACCUCAAUUGAAAUAGUAUAAUAAUGGGAUGCGUGAGAAGCUUUGUGAUUCAACACGCCUCCGGUCACUGUGGCGAAAGACUAAACAAAAGCAUGUAAUUUCAUAAAAUAGAAUGAGCUUCUUAGUUUUUUGGUAUCAUAUACCGUAAAUGGAUAUUGGGCUGACUUCAGUAUUGACUGGGAUUUAAAUAAAUUGUUUGGGCUUCGUAAUUGACAUGGAUAUCAGCCCAGUUUGAGAUGAGCUGUUAGAUUGAUUGGCCAGGAAUUUUUUUGCAUAUGUGGCACACUUUAGAAGCCUUUAAAAUAGCUCCUUUUAUAUAGUAGGAUUAUGUAAUUUGGCUAAUCCUAGCUGCAAGAGUAAAGAGUUUCCUACUCACUGAAUAAUCCGCAAUAAAAUGUCACUCACAGCUGAGGUUUGAAUCUUGAAAAUGCUAAAUUUACAGAUAGAUUAAAAAAACAGGUCAAUGGCGCAAACCAGCCAAGAUUAAAAUAUUUGUAACUUUUUCGAUUCGUAUCUUUUAGACUAGUGCUUAUCGACGACUUGUUUCUACUCCAAUGAAAAUCAGUUUAGUUUAUGAAUCAUCCCUACUUUAUCCCAAGGGUUGCAUCUGUAGUCAGCUGCUUAUGUCGUCCUACUCUAGAAUUUGAAGUGGACGUGGGUGGCGGCAACCACUUAUAAGUUAACUGUCGUACAUUCAUAAAGUAUAGUAAUAUAAUACAUAAUCAAUGAACAGUUGAGGCCCUGGUGGACUUUAUAUAUUCAUCGUUUAAGGUUGUAGAUUGGUGCCGACUCUGAACACGUCAUAAGCUAUCUUCAUUGGUUGCCGAUAUGGCUCCGUGACUCCUUCAAACAAAAAACCUGAAUAAACGGUUGAGUAGUCACUGUACAUUUAGGUUCUAUAGAAUUGAUAUUUUCUCUUAACUUUUUCUUCUUUACGUUUAGCUGCUCUUAAUUAAGCUGUUAUUUAUUUAUCAUAACUAGUAUUAGGCUAUUAGCUACCGCUUUUGUUUAGUCGUUUGUCAUUGUUCUUAUUUAUAUAUAUUGUUAUAUGCUCUCCAAACUUUCUAUUUUUAUCGGUGUCGCCCAAUAUGAAAAAAUUAGUUAAUUAGUUUGACAACUUGACAUACCAAAUUUCCUUACGAAAUUAUGUUAUGAUAUUAUAUCACGUCGACAUAACAAGAUUGGUACAAAAACAUACACUUUGUCACUUGUUAACAUUUGAGAAAACUAUUGUUUCAUAAUUACUAAAGUCUUACCUUUAUACCCCAAAACAUGAAAAUAUGAUAUGAUGGAAAUGCAUGCAAGCCAUGCAAUUAAGAGGCUAGACUAUGUGUAUAUCUGACUAGAUUCCAACUUAAUUAGUAGCUACUACAAAUAUAAUUUCUUCAUAAAUCUAGGUGUCUCAGCACUAAAGCUAUAGCUUAACAGCCUUAUAGGUCCUUAACUAUAUAAACCCAUGGAUGCUAGCGUCUAUUACAGAGAUCAAUCAAUCGCAUUAACACUUCAAAGACUAUAUAUAUACAUCUUAGCUUUAUUAAGAGAGUCAUCAUAUACUAUGGCAAGUGUAAGGAUAUGGGUCUGUCUCGUUUUGCUUAUACUACUCGAACUGACCUCAGUGCACCAAUGUCGAUCUUUGGUCGUAGAAGAGCGACUUUCCGGUUCAAGUCGUGUGAUGAAGAUUAGAAGAGAGCUCUCUGAGAGGCUAAAAGAGCUGAAUGCUAGGUUAGAAGGCGAAGGGAAGAUCCUUGGCAAUACUCUUGACUCGAAGCGGCUCAGCCCCGGUGGUCCUGACCCAAGGCAUCAUUAACAAAGGAGGAGAGAAACAAAAUUCUGCAGUUGUUAUUGCUGGGAGAUGUUUUAAUAUUAUUACAACUUUUUGACUAUAUAAUUGUAACGGUGUAGCUAGUGUUUCGCUGACACCAGCUUAUAAACAUUCAAGCUCUAAUCUGACAGAUGUGUGACGUAAAGCAGCUUGUUUGAUCUAUAGAAAUAUGUGAUAUAUUAUGUUUUGAUUUCUGUCUCUUUCCAUUGAUGCGUUUCUGUUUACAUUAUCUCAUUUGCAUCGUCCUGGUUAUUUGAGGUUAGCUUCAUGUGUCGUCUUGAGAUCUUAGUAAUUAGAGAAAAUGGAAAGAGUAUUGUGCAUGCAUGCAUGAGAGUUUUUGGCCACAUAUUCAUAUUGAAGUCUGACAGCAUUAACUUCAAAUCAAAUUAAAUACGAGAUAGUUCACUAGUAAAGGGAGAAAUAAUUACUACUAGGUGACCGGUCCGCACCCUGUGCGGGCAUAACAAAAUUCAAAAUAUAGAAUAAAUAAUGUAUAGUUUUCGAAAUAACGGAUUUUACAUUAUAAUAUCACCGUCUUUGCGAGAAAGCAACAGCCAUGGAGAAAAGCUGGUACUCAAUAUUUGACAUGGACGAGAAGGACAAAGUAACUUCAGUAUCAAGAGGCAGUUAUUGUGUGUAUGUAUAAUUGCAACGUCCAAAAACAAUUUGUGUGUUUAAAAAGAAAAUUUCAAGAGGGAUUUUAUAUUGUAAUAAGGUAAGUCAUUACAAACGAAUUAAGAAUUUAGAAACAUUAAGGUAAAUUGGCAUUUAAAAUUUCAAUAAAUGUGAUAAUAAGGGCAAGAAAUGUUUAAAAUAAAUAAGAUAAUUUACAUUUAAACUAUUCAUAAGUUACUUUGCAACUUGCACAUGUCAAAUCAGAAAACGACAUGUGCAAUAGGAAAAGAGCUGAAAAAAAAUGAUGAUAUAGCUCACCUUCCCAAAGAACAUAUAAAACCUCUUAUAAUAAUUUAAAACAUCUGAUAAGCCAAUAUAAAUAAUUUUAUAAAUUUAUUUAUAAUUUAAUAAAUAAUUUAUAAAGCAUGCAUGGAAUUUGUUAGACAUUAAUAGUUAUUAUGAUACUUUAUAUACAAAUAUAAGGCUUUAUAUACGUAUAUAAAAUCAUUAUAUCAAUUCAAAAUAAUCAUUUUUGUUUCUUGUCCCCUAGACUAUAUUUGCGAAGUGAUUUAUACACAUGUUGUCAUUACAAUCAUUCUCGCUGAAAAAAAAGAUGACAUGACACUUGAAAUAGAUGACAUGGUUUUAGAAAAUAGUGACAUGACAUCAUAUUAAUUGUGAGAUGUAAAAUUUCCUUAUAAAAAUUUAAUUUUUUUGUAUGGAUUUUAAAUAUGGUAAUAAAAAUAACUCUUAUACCAUCAUUAAUGUCAAUUUUCCAUAUAAGUAUUUAUUUAUGGUAAACUAUUAACUAUAUUAAUAAUUCAUAUAUCACAAUUAAAAUAAUAGUAUAUAUGUAUAUAUAUGUAUCUCACAUUAAUAAAAAUAAACUAAAUAAAGUAACACUAAUCCAAAAAAACAUUGAUAGUUAAAUAUUUAAACAUUAUUUAAAUUUAUCUUUUCA